AUGAGAUUCACCCACACUAUCUUUUACGUUCUGAACGUCUUGGCUAUCGGUCAAAGUGGUCUUGCUGCGGCUGUACCCAAAGAUGGAGGAGAACUUUCCAUUCGAUCCGGGAAAAUAGAUAACGGUCAAACACAAUCUAAGAACUUUCUAGACGGCGAAAAGCCAUUAAAUGAGGAUUUAAGGGAUACUAAAGGAGAUGAAACAUCUUGGUUAACAUCCACUAUCGGAUCAUUGGCUCAUACUAACAAAAUUGCAGACAAGAUGAAACAACUCGACACUAAAGAUGGUGUAACUGAAGCUGAAUUCUAUCUAAUUGAUAAAAAUGGUAAUAAAGUGACUGAAAAAGUAAAAUCUGAUGAAACUCUAUCUGAAAUCGCUUAUAGAGAUAAUCAUGGAUGGUGGACGGCAGGAAUCGUCUCUGCCAUGGCCAAAUUAGGUGACGUGAAAGGAUUAGAUGGUUCAGAUGUACCCAAAAAGAUUUCAGCUGGUGAUCCCUUUGACGCUUAUCACAUGUUGACGGGUGAAAAAGCACAAGAGAAAAAAAUCGAACAUCCAGAAGAUAAAGAUGGUAAAAAGCAAGCUUGUAAUGAUCUCUACGAUUUCUUCUUAAAAGCCACAGAACAACCUGCUGUCUUCCACACCAAGAAAGAUGGUUUCACAAACGGCGCAUCCUACACUCACGACAAAUAUUACACUCUCCUAUCAGUAACAGCUGAGGGCGAGGAGAACGACAGAAAGUAA